GGAGGAAGAAGAGGAGGAGGAGGAGGAGGGUAUGACGGCACAGCGGCGGCUGCUGCUGCUGUUGCUAGCCCUACGCGGGGGCUUGUGCAGCAGCAGUAUCAUCAUCAUCAUCCCACGCCGGAAAUUGCGCCCCAGCAGCGUGGAGGAGGAUUUGGUAUGUUCCCCAGCACCGCCAGCAGUGUUGUUGGUGGUGCCGCGGCUCAGGGUGCCGCCUGGCCGUGGGAACAGCAGCAGCAGCAGCAGCACCUGCACUACCAUGCGAGGCGCGCGUCGCAGACCCAGCAGCAACCACAGCGGCAACUGGGAUUUGAGGCUGCCGGGUUUAAUUCCGCCUGCACGUUUGCCUUCCACCACCCGACGACCACAACGUCGUCCUCGUCACCCUUUGGGCCGAUCGCGCCGCCUACGCGCAGCAGCAACAACAACCGCCAAGAGGGAGGGGAAGGGGAAGACGCUGGUGAUGACGUAGCUGCGGCCAAUGGCGGCAACGAUGUGACUGGGAGGCCCUGAGUCAGUGUUGGCCUCGGCGAAAAGGGGGGUGCCUGCACUACCUGGUACCUAGGUAGGGGAAGCCGACGUCGCUGUGCGCGGUCUGCUGAAGGUCAGAAAGAACACCCGUUGCUCCCAGCAGGUUCCAUCUUUCCCCCUAUCACUGUCCUGUUCGCUUUUCGUUUUCUUUUCCGUUACAGCUUUCUCUAGAGCUCAGCGUUG